GGGGGGCAUAUCUGGCGAGGGGAAGACGCAAGGUCAAGAGGCAGUUCUCCUCCUCCAUGGAAGAAGACGGGAGCGAUGAGCCCUGAGGAGGACGACGAAGAGAAGGGGCGGAUGGCCGCAGGCUGCCGGGCUUCCCCGCGGGAGUGACGGGGGGAAGCUGCCCCUGCCCGGGGUGCGCGGGCGGUGCUGCCGUCGCUGCCCGCAGGCGGCCGCGCCUCGGCCCCUGGGCCCCGCGGCGAAGAUGGACCUGGGGAGAGCCGGAGCCGCCCCCGCGUCCCGGGGCGCCUGCAGACCUUUCUCCUCCUCCUCCUCCUCCUGCUGCUGCUGCUGCUUCUCCUCGCUUCUGGAUGUGAACAGCUGGCUGCUCUUCUACGGCUUCUUGUACCUGGCUCUCUAUGCCCAGGUGUCCCAGUCCAAGUCCUGCGACAAAAUCUCCUGCUUCUCGGGUCAUUGUGUCAACUCCACCUGUGUCUGCGACCAGGGCUGGGUGGGAGACCAGUGCCAACAUUGCCAGGGAAGGUUCAAGUUAACAGAACCUUCUGGAUACUUAACAGAUGGACCAAUAAAUUAUAAAUAUAAAACUAAAUGUACAUGGUUAAUUGAAGGAUACCCAAAUGCAAUACUAAGGUUAAGAUUUAAUCACUUUGCCACAGAAUGUAGUUGGGACCAUAUGUAUGUAUAUGACGGAGAUUCAAUAUAUGCACCUUUAAUAGCUGUAUUUAGUGGUCUAAUAGUCCCUGAAGUGCGUGGAAAUGAAACUGUUCCUGAAGUAGUUACUACAUCUGGCUAUGCAUUACUACACUUUUUUAGUGAUGCUGCUUAUAACCUAACUGGAUUUAACAUUUUUUAUUCGAUUAAUUCUUGUCCUAAUAACUGCUCAGAACAUGGAAAGUGUACAACCAGUGUGUCAGCACCAAGCCGGGUAUACUGUGAGUGUGACAAGUACUGGAAAGGAGAAGCCUGUGAUAUUCCAUAUUGUAAAGCCAACUGUGGCAGCCCAGAUCAUGGGUACUGUGAUUUGACAGGGGAGAAGCUGUGUGUUUGCAAUGACAGCUGGCAAGGUCCAGAUUGUUCUUUGAACGUCCCUUCCACGGAGUCUUACUGGAUUCUACCAAAUGUGAAGCCAUUCAGCCCUUCUGUGGGAAGAGCUUCCCAUAAGGCAGUCCUGCACGGGAAGUUUAUGUGGGUGAUUGGUGGAUACACUUUUAACUACAGUUCAUUCCAAAUGGUGUUGAACUAUAAUUUGGAAAGCAGUAUUUGGAACGUAGUACCUGUAUCCAAAGGGCCACUCCAGAGAUACGGACACACUCUUGCUUUAUAUCAGGAAGACAUCUACAUGUAUGGAGGCAAAAUUGAAACAAGUAAUGGCAACGUUACUGAUGAGCUGUGGAUUUUCAACAUACACAGUCAAACGUGGAGUCCCAGAACUCCUGCAGUCCUUGUGCAUGGGCAGCAGUAUGCUGUGGAAGGUCAUUCAGCACACAUAGUAGAGCUGGACAGCAGAGAUGUGGUUAUGAUAAUAAUCUUUGGAUAUUCAGCCAUUUAUGGUUACACAAGCAUUGUGCAAGAAUACUACAUCAGGUCUAAUUCUUGGCUUGUACCAGAAACAAAAGGAGCAAUUGUGCAAGGGGGAUAUGGCCAUACUAGUGUCUACGAUGAACUGACAAAAUCUGUUUAUGUCCAUGGUGGAUACAAAGCAUUACCUGGCAAUAAAUAUGGAUUGGUGGAUGAUCUUUACAGAUAUGAGGUCAAUACUCGGACGUGGACUAUUUUGAAAGAGAGUGGUUUUGCAAGGUAUCUUCAUUCAGCUGUCUUGAUCAAUGGAGCGAUGCUGAUUUUCGGUGGCAACACUCAUAAUGAUACUUCCCUCAGUAAUGGUGCAAAGUGCUUUUCUGCUGACUUUCUUGCAUAUGAUAUAGCUUGUGAUGAAUGGAAGAUUUUGCCAAAACCUAAUCUGCAUCGAGAUGUCAACAGAUUUGGCCACACUGCUGUUGUCAGUAAUGGGUCCAUGUAUAUAUUUGGGGGUUUUUCAAGUGUUCUUUUGAAUGACAUCCUUGUGUACAAGCCUCCAAACUGUGAAGCAUUUAGAGAUGAAGAGCUGUGUAAAAAUGCACGUCCAGGCAUAAGGUGUCUGUGGAACAAGAAACAUUGUGAAUCCUGGGAAUCUGGACAUGCUAAUAACAUCCUUAGAGCAAAGUGUCCUAAGAAAACAGCUGCUGCAGAUGACAGAUGUUACCGGUAUGCAGACUGUGCCAGCUGUACUGCCAACACAAACGGCUGCCAGUGGUGUGAUGACAAGAAGUGCAUUUCAGCAAAUAGUAACUGUAGCAUGUCAGUUAAAAACUACACCAAAUGUCAUGUGAGGAAUGAACAGAUCUGCAAUAAACUGACGAGCUGCAAAAGCUGCUCACUACACCUGAACUGCCAGUGGGACCAGAGGCAGCAGGAGUGCCAGGCACUACCUGCUCAUCUGUGUGGGGAAGGAUGGAGUCAUAUUGGAGAUGCCUGCCUCCGCAUAAAUUCUAGUCGUGAAAGUUAUGACAACGCCAAGCUGUAUUGCUACAACCUCAGUGGGAAUCUUGCCUCAUUAACAACCUCAAAAGAAGUGGAAUUCGUUCUGGAUGAAAUACAGAAGUAUACAGUUCAGAAAAUAUCACCUUGGGUGGGUUUACGCAAGAUCAACAUCUCCUACUGGGGAUGGGAUGACAUGUCUCCUUUUACAAAUACGACUCUGCAGUGGCUUCCUGGAGAGCCGAAUGACUCUGGCUUCUGUGCAUACCUGGAGAGAGCAGAGGUGGCAGGUCUGAAAGCAAAUCCAUGCACUGCAAUGGCUGAUGGUCUUGUGUGUGAAAAACCUGUUGUUAGUCCCAACCAGAAUGCCAGACCCUGCAAAAAGCCAUGUUCCCUGCGAACAACAUGUUCCAACUGCACAAGUAAUGGUAUGGAAUGCAUGUGGUGCAGCAGCACUAAACGCUGCGUUGACUCCAAUGCCUACAUCAUCUCCUUCCCGUAUGGACAGUGUCUAGAAUGGCAAACUGCCACGUGCUCCCCUCAAAACUGCUCUGGACUGAGGACCUGUGGACAGUGUUUGGAACAGCCUGGGUGUGGAUGGUGUAAUGAUCCCAGUAACACUGGAAAAGGACAAUGUUUGGAAGGAUCAUCAAGAGGCCCAAUGAAGCCUGUUGCCAUGCACUCUAAUGAAAUGGUGCUUGAUGCUACUCUUUGUCCAAAAGAGAAAAAUUAUGAGUGGUCUUUUAUCCAGUGUCCAGCUUGCCAGUGCAAUGGCCACAGCACCUGCAUCAACAGUAAUGUCUGUGAUCAAUGUAAAAACUUAACGACAGGAAAACAAUGUGAAACGUGCAUGCCGGGAUAUUAUGGGGAUCCCACAAAUGGAGGACAGUGUACAGCUUGCACAUGCAGUGGACAUGCAAAUAUUUGCCACAUGCAAACAGGAAAAUGUUUCUGCACAACUAAGGGAAUCAAAGGAGACCAGUGUCAACUCUGUGACUCUGAAAAUAGGUAUCUUGGAAAUCCACUGAGGGGAACAUGCUACUACAGCCUUUUGAUUGAUUACCAGUUCACCUUCAGCUUGUUACAAGAGGAUGAUCGCCAUCACACUGCCAUAAAUUUCAUAGCAAAUCCAGAACAGUCAAAUAAAAAUUUGGAUAUAUCAAUUAAUGCAUCAAACAACUUCAACCUCAAUAUUACAUGGUCUGUUGGUUCUACAGCUGGAACAAUAUCUGGAGAAGAGAUUCCUGUUGUUUCUAAGGCCAACAUUAAGGAAUACAGGGAUAGCUUUUCCUGUGAAAAGUUCAACUUUCGGAGCAACCCGAACAUCACUUUCUACGUCUAUGUCAGCAAUUUCUCCUGGCCAAUCAAAAUACAGAUUGCCUUCUCACAGCACAACACUAUCAUGGAUCUGGUACAGUUCUUUGUCACCUUCUUCAGUUGUUUCUUAUCCUUACUGCUGGUAGCUGCUGUCGUUUGGAAAAUCAAACAAACCUGUUGGGCUUCUCGACGGAGAGAGCAACUUAUGCGGGAGCGACAGCAGAUGGCCAGCCGCCCCUUUGCUUCUGUCGAUGUAGCACUGGAAGUAGGAGCUGAGCAAACAGACUUUCUACGAGGGCCAUUAGAGAAUAGUCAUGGUUGGAAAGGACCUCUGAGAUCACUGAGUCCAUUGUAUUGUUUCAAAACCUCAUGUCAAGGUGCUCCUAAACCAAUUGCUAUUGAGCCAUGUUCAGGAAACAGAGCCGCAGUCCUCACCGUAUUUUUAUGUCUGCCCAGAGGAUCAUCAGGAGUACCACCCCCUGGUCAGUCAGGUCUUGCAAUUGCAAGUGCACUGAUAGACAUUUCACAACAGAAGCCUGCGGACUGUAAAGAUAAGAGUUCAGGAGUCAGAAAUCGAAAACAUCAUCUUUCAACACGUCAAGGAACUUGCGUCUGAGAUUUGAAAACAAUAAUUGUAUAUUCUGUAAUGUUUUCUUUUUAAAUGGCUUCCAUUGAAAGCUAUACUACAGCCUCAGUUUUUAUGGAGGCAAAUCUAUGAAUGCACAUAUGAGGUACUGCGCUCUGUUACAGUCACCCAGCCUACUAUACCCCAAAGCAGAACAAACUUAUGGUAGCUACGAGUAUGUUUGAUGAGCUUUAAUAAAAAGACUGGAUCCUGAUAUCAACAAAAUGUGGAAUAAAAUACCUAGUAUUCUUGAUCCUGAACAUAUCAGAGCAGGGAAAAUUCUUUAACAGAACUAGGGGAAACUGUACAUUGUUUUAUAAUGUACAAGGAAAUUGUAUAAUUGAAACCCAAGCAAAUUCCAGGAAACUAAAGGACAUUUUUGUAUAGCUUCAUGUAACAAUGAGAAUUGUACAGUUCUUUCCUUGUAAUCAGCAUUAAUAUUUCUUUCCAGCAAGCAGGAAAUAAAGAAGAUCAUUUGGAUUUAGAUGCUUCUUAGCAUUGCCCAAAAUAGGUAGGCAGCUUUUGAAUUCAGCAUAGGUAUAACCCAAGAAUACCACAUGUCAUAUUUGAAAGAUAAUUCCAUAAAAACUUGAUUUGAGCAUUUUUUUUAAUUAUUUUUUUUUACCUUGCAAAAACCUCAGAAUCAUAAUCUGGGCUGCAGCACAGUGAUGCGUGGGCUUUCAUGGUUUUGUUCCUAAGAGUCUAUUCUGAAUUCUGAAUCAUAUAUUUUACAAAGAGUGUAUGGGUGUCCCCCAUACCAGGUAACUGAUUAGCAAAAUUAAUUGAGCAUGGAAAAGCUCCUUCUCAGUCAAGUUUGCUGUUUUUUUUUUCUGAGAGAGUCUCCAAGAUCGCAAAUCUAAGGAGAGUUUAACUUGCUAUUAUUCUACCUGCUCCCUUUCCAGUAUUGAAAUUUGCUAGCAUCUAUAUAUUGUCCUGAUCUCAAAACUGAAGAAAUGAAUCCCAGUCAGCCCUUUCACCCUUGUUUUUAUAAUAAAGUAUGAAUGUUUUUUUGUUCUCCCAGCUGCAGAAUUUAAUCUCAUGCUUUCACACCAGUAAAGGAGUUAACCUGCAUAACAAAAAUGAAAUGUUCAGAAAUCCAAGUUGCUUCCAACAAUGGUGUUCAAAUUUGACAUCCACUGUGGAACAUCCCACAAUCAGUACUCGCAGAUGGAAGAGUUUCCUUUCUAUAGGACAUUAAUCUUUUGGGGGCUUGGUCACCACAACAGAUAACCUAGCAAACAGCUUUAAUAGCCCUCAGUCUUUUUAUUUACUCAAAAUUCAUUAAUUUACAAAGGAGUAAGAAUGCUAAGGGGUAAGUAGCAGAUGUGUCUUGUUCUCAUUUACACAUUACAUGUUGACAGCAGUAUAAUAUGAACCAGUAGUUUUGUAUGAGCUUGUUAGACAGUAUAGUCUCUCAACUCCAAAUUUGCCACCCUACUAGUACAGAAGAAUGAUACAGAGGUAUAAAUGCAUCAUAUAAUGAUAGACUUUUGGUAAAUAUGAAAGAUAUACAAAGAUAUUUGAUGUUUACUACUAUAUCUGUAUUUUUCAUGUUCUUUUUAUUUCAGAAAAAUGAUGACAUUUUACUGUUUAUAGUUGAUUCCAUAGUUACUUGCAUGCCACGGUGGUGCAGUAGCAGUAAUAAAGCCCUGUUGUGAGUUGUGUUUAUUUUGUAACACCAUUCAUACAUAGAUAUCAGCUUAAUUUGGAUGAGGACUAAAUGUAAAAAUAACUAUAAAAAGGAACAAUUGUACAGUAUGUAGUUAUACAGGAAUAUUAGGUUGUGUCUAACCAUGACUGCUCUAUUAUUUGGAUAAAUUAUGCACUUAAUGAAUUAUGGUAUAAUUUUUUUCUUAUGCUGGCAUGAUUGUUUCAGUAUUUCCAUAUCUCUAAAAUAAGAUUAUUAUCCUAAAAUAACACCAUCACAAUCUUCUGAUUUUAUUGCCUAUUCUGGCCUCAGUCUCUUAAGUCUUAGAAUUUUAAAAAUUCCUUUUAAAAUCUUCUGUUGGGAACUUUAAAUCGGUGCUGCUUAGCAUAGUGACAAAAAUGGUGUUUUGAAAACAGCCCUUUCUGUCAGUUUUAAAGUUGAUCUGUUCGCAUGAAUAUAAACGGAUGGAGCUGGUUUAUGUGAUGCAUACACUUAAGCUAAAAGGAAAGAACCACUUGUCUGGAAUAUAUUCCAGACUCUUUAUUAUCCUCAACCUAAACAUUUCACGUAAGAAAUAUCCAGUGUGUGUUUUGUGAAUGUACUGGAAACCCCAUGCACAGAAAGACCAUGUAAUCUUGAGGAUCAGUUUUGACUGUUCUCACUCAGAGAGGAUGACAUUCCUCUGUAUCUGAACCAGAGUGUGACAGUUACUUGAAAAGCAGGUAUGAGUUUUAAAGGGAUUAAAAGAUUUUAUUGCAACACUGAAGAUGGGCAAAUAGCUAUCAGCCACUUUUUUUGUGUUAGCAGCUAGAAAUUUAUUUCAGUUGUACAAGAAAGGCAUGUUUGUGAUGGGAUCAUUCAGCAUUUUCAUUCACUCUGAGAAUGUUUUUUCUUAAAUUAUCUUUCUUCUCCCAGGGUCUCUGAUUGCAUGCAAAUUAGUAAAAGACAUAUAAUAAAAAUACUUAUGUCAUGGCCACACAAGUACCAGAAGUUUGCCAACACAUCUCAAAACACUGUUGCAGAGUAGCUAUUACAUCUUUCUAUCUUAAAGGUAUAAAGAUAGUGUAACAUGUCUGAUAACUAAAUUUUGUUACUUGUUGGCAACUCCAAACUUUUUAAUAAUGACCACUGUACGUCAGAUGUUUUACCAGCUGUCAAAUUAUUAUUGCUUCAUGAAAAUGCCAAUUUUAAAAAAUCUCUUCUCCAAUUUAACUUUUCAGCUCUUUCUUAGAGUCAGAAAAUGUUGAAUGGCCUGUUUUAGCCCUAAUGAGAUUUAUAUUGGAUGAAAAAUAAACAACUAAGUGCUGUUCUGGAAAGUAAGCCCCAGUGAAAUUCUGAUUGUCAGGAUUCCACCUCCCCAGCUUUUCAUAGCUGACUGCUCUCUUAAUAGUUAGAGUCCUCUGUCAUCUUCCCAAAUAAAAAAAACAUGGACAAUUCAGACUGGGACAUGGAAUUCAUGUAUAAAAACUGCAGCAAUAAUUAUUUUCUAAAUAAUCUAAUGUAGAGAGCUGGAAUCCUGAUGGUAAGAAUUUUAGUUUGGCAUCACUUUAACAGGAUGUUCAGUCUUCAUGCAUAAAAAUUUUCAUAGUAUUAAUCGAAAUUACAAAAUUAUGAUGUAUCUAAUUUCAUUGCCAGUUUUUAAAAACCAUAUGAAAGGUUUCUUGACAAUAAAGGAAAAGUCUCUGUUAAAGGUAAUUAAAAA